UCUUUAAAUAGAUAAGAUAUUUUAAUCACUUGUGUUAGCCAAAUCGACUUCCAAGUCUCUGUUCUUUGUACAAAAAAAAAAAAAUUAUAUAUAGGGAGAGAGUCUUAACCAUGGGAUCAUCAACCCAAGAACUCAACAAUAUCACAGUCUUAGCCAUGUCUUCCGAUAUCUCGGAUAUCCUCCCUCGCGUCCUUAUCGUAUCCAGACGUAGCGUUCGCAAGAAUAAAUUUGUAGAUUUCGUAGGAGAAUACCAUCUUGAUCUUAUAGUGAAUUACGGUGCCGUACCCGUGAUAAUCCCAAGGGUUUCUGGGGUACACACGUUGUUGAGAAGCUUUGAGCCCAUCCAUGGCGUUCUUCUCUGUGAAGGAGAAGAUAUCGACCCGUCUCUCUACCAAGGAGAAUUGGAUCAAGUUUCGGACCUUUCGCCGCAAGAACUGGAAGAGAUUAAGAAGCUUCACGCCAGCGACACCGCCAUUGACCGUGAAAAGGACUCCAUUGAGUUGAGUCUGGCGAAGCUGUGUCUCGAGAGGAACAUACCUUAUUUGGGAAUAUGUAGGGGUUCCCAAGUCUUAAACGUGGCCUGUGGAGGUACCCUUUAUCAAGACAUCGAGAAAGAGCUCUCUAAGAAGGUGAAUAAAGAAGGUGAAAAUAAUAAUGACAGUAAAGUUAUGCAUAUUGAUUAUGAUAACUAUGAUGAUCACAGACAUGCUGUCAAAGUGGUUGAAAACACCCCUUUGAAUGAGUGGUUCAAGGAUUCAUUGGAAGAAGAGAACAUGGAGAUUUGGGUCAAUAGUUAUCACCACCAAGGAGUCAAGAAAUUGGCUCAGAGAUUUGUUCCCAUGGCUUUUUCCCCAGAUGGUUUAAUUGAAGGGUUUUAUGACCCAGAUGCUUAUAACCCCGAGGAAGGUAAAUUUAUUAUGGGUUUACAAUUUCAUCCAGAAAGAAUGAGGAAGCCAGAUUCUGAAGAAUUUGAUUAUCCCGGUUGCCCAUCAGCUUAUCAGGAAUUUGUUAAGGCGGUGAUUGCUUAUCAAAAGAAGUUGAUUUAUAGCUCUGCAACAGUUGCUACACCAUUAAAGCUAGAUCAAGAAAUGGAGAAACAGAGAAAAGUUAUUGCCAGAAGCUUCUCACUGGCCAGAAACCUUUAUACCACCGGCCAUGAGAUGGAUCCAAAGGUAGAAUCUGAACUUGAAGCCGGAGCCGAAUUCCUUAAAUCGAAUACAGCAUUGAGCUUACAACAAGAGAAUAGGCUAAAACAAAUGGGAGCAACCGUGAGGAAUGCAAAUUCUUAUAUAAAGAAAUUGAAGUUGAAUGAGGAAAGACAAGCAAUGGCUCGAAAUGUGAUGGGAAAAAUGUCAGUGGAGCAGUUAUCUGAUCUCAUGUCGUUCUACCAUAUGAUGGGCCAAAUUUGCUCUGAAGUUCUGGGGACCAAGCUAAGUAGUGUUGUCCCCAAUGGUUUAAUCAGCAACGGUUGUUGACCUAUUAGUAUUUAACAGGUUCCCUUUUCCCAUAUAGAGCUUUCGAUCGACUUAAAAGAACAGUGUAGUACUAUACCUACUCAUGAAUCAUGAUGAGUAUCAAAAUAAUCUGUUUGACUCACAUGAAUCUUGGGUGGUUGAUGGCUCUCUUUCACCCUUUUAUACUUUUUUUUAGUUUUAUUUCAAUAUAUCUUUAUCUGUUACUAUUAGAAAAAGUUGUAGUUUUUUUAAAGUUUAUAAUUUAAAACUCAAUAAAAGUUGGAACAUAAUAUUAUAGUUUA